CCAUUGCACCACAGACUGUCGUCACAUGUUUAUAAUAUUUUGGACCAUCAUUCGGCUUCCUUGAUCUAGCCCCUUCCUCUUUUCUCUCCUUUUUCCCCCGUUCCAGUCCUCCGUCUCCCUUUCAUUUUCCUGUCUGCUGAUAAUUUUCCCGGAAAAAUCUGAUCGAGCUCUUUCUCCCCUUUAAAGAUUCUCGGCCGAUCGUCAUGGGGGACGCCUCUUCUUCGUAUGUCCGAAUGGUGCACCACCUGAUAGAGGAGUGCAUACUCUUCAACAUGAGCAAAGAAGAGUGCAUGGAGGCUCUCUCCCAGCAUGCAAACAUCCAGCCCGUCGUCACUUCCACAGUGUGGAAGGAGCUGGAGAAAGAGAACGAGGCGUUCUUCGAGGCCUACGGGAGGAGCGCGAGAGGCGAGGGGAGAGGCUCGCGAGUGGAGACAAGACAGAGGAUCCAGAAGAUGCUCGCCGAUGCCUCCAAAACUGCAUGACGCCCAGCGUCGCUAAGCUUCGCUUUUCACUUUCUCCCUCCCUCCCUCGCUCCGGACAACGAUUUGUCAUCGCCGUCGUUAUGCGUUGUUGUUACUCUUAGUCUUCUUACAACUUCACAAAAAAAAAUAAUAAUAAUCGCGACUUUUGGUUCCAUGUAUGUAAAUAUUAGUCCCCCAAAGUUCGAUUGUGGACAAUAAUGGAAUGAUAUUCGACAAUAUUUAGGUGUGCUAGGGUAGAUCCUUUCGUUAAUGGUCAAUACACGGGUCUAUGUAAUUGGCUCUUAUAACACGAGCGUAUUAUUUGAGAUUUGGAAAAUACUUAUU